CAUGGCCCAAAUAGGCUCGAUGAACGGGCGUCAGGCGGGCUUCGCUUUCCUCGGAAAGACUUUCACUCACUUUUACUUUAGCCAGUUACCAGUUACUAGUUACCCAUUGCAAAUGACCAACGGUGGCUUGGGGUCUGACGUUAGUCCCGCUGGUUACCAAACAGCCAGUGGCCACAACACUAGCCAGACUUGGUUGCCAACACCAUCAUUAUCUUGGCCAGCACCGAAGCCAACUACCGGUCAGUUACAAUCCCAACGUCAAUUCGAAAAGACGCGCGCGCAAACGAAUAAAAUCAGAAAUAUCAUAGCAUACUUAUCAUAAGUUUGCCAUCUUAGAGCACUUCUAAAUUUGGAAUACUUCGGCUCCCUCUCUGACUUUUUGAAGUCGACCGUUGCAAGUUUAUUUUUAAUCUAAUCAAGCAACUAAGUAAAUGAAAAUCAAAAUGCGUUCCUGCGGACCGAGUUUAAUUAAAUACGUGUUAUUUGCGUUUAAUGUUCUAUUUGCGCUUUCGGGUCUUGGCAUUCUUGUCGCUGGGGCAAUUGUUUUGGCCGAUGUCAAUGAAUUUAAUCACUUUGUGGAGGGUCGCGUCCUGGCACCGCCGAUUGUCCUGAUAGUUACGGGGCUGAUCAUCUUUCUCAUCGCAUCGCUGGGCUGCUUUGGCGCCAUCAAGGAGUCUCCCACUCUGCUGUUGACCUAUGCCGUGCUGCUUGCCAUGAUCUUCAUCAUUGAGCUGGCCGUGGGCAUUGCGGCUUGCGUCUUCAAAAGUGAUCUCGAGGGCAUGCUGAAGAACUCACUGAUGGAAUCAAUCAAGCGCUCCAACCACGAGGACAACGUUGCCUGGGACAAUGUGCAGCGCAAACUCAUGUGUUGUGGCGUCGACACUCCCGCCGAUUGGAAAGCUAUCAGCCUGAACAAGACGCUGCCGGCGAGCUGUUGUCAGCCUGAGUUUGUGGAUACCGCCGUUGGAAAUUGCUUCGAUUCGCCGGCUCUGGGCAAGGACAGGUUCUUUCAGGAAGGCUGUGUGGGCAAGCUGAAGGAGCGCAUCGAUAAGAAUGCCGUCAUUCUGAUUGGGGUCGGCAUUGGCAUCGCCUUCAUACAGAUCCUGGGCAUUGUCCUUGCCUGCUACCUGGCAAGCGCCAUCAGAAGUCAAGCAAACUAAUCAGCAUCUCAUUAAUUAGCUAAUGUUUCGUACUUAGAAUGACAAGUUGAUUCCCGCCCAAUUCGCACAUUCAUUGAAUAUAAACGAGGAUUACUCAUGCUUAUUUUGAAAUGUCUUCAGACGAUUUUUAUACCCGCACUCAAUACUUAGAAUAUUUUCGAAGAUCUUAAGGUGUUGCUUAUUCAAAAACCAAAGAGUGCCUAGAGACACUAUUUACAUAAUUAGUAUUAAGUCAUUUGAAUUGCAGUUGUUAGUUGGCAAUAAUCAAAUAUCAAUAUGUUUAUUGCCAACUGACGAAUAUCAUUCUUUUUGACUCUCUCUUUUUAGAUAAUA